AUGGUUGGGAGUACUGAUGGACUGACCGAUAAGGUCUACUCAAAUGGAUUGAUUCACCACUCGAGUGAUUCUGUUGAGGAGAAGCUUGAUGAGCUUCGGCGACUAAUGGGCAAAGCAGAAGGUGAUCCACUUAGGAUAGUUGGUGUCGGUGCAGGUGCUUGGGGAAGUGUAUUUGUUGCUAUGUUGCAAGAUAGUUAUGGUCAUUUAAGAGAUAAGGUCCUAAUAAGAAUAUGGAGACGGCCAGGAAGAUCUGUGGAUAGGGCCACGGCAGAACAUUUAUUUGAAGUGAUCAAUUCAAGGGAAGAUGUAUUGAGGAGACUGAUUAGGCGGUGUGCGUACUUAAAGUAUGUUGAGGCAAGAUUAGGUGACCGGACACUUUUUGCAGAUGAGUUACUGAAGGAUGGGUUUUGUGUGAAUAUGAUUGACACCCCUCUUUGCCCAAUGAAGGUUGUCACAAAUUUGCAGGAGGCUGUGUGGGAUGCCGAUAUUGUGGUGAAUGGGCUGCCAUCAACAGAAACUCAUGUCGUCUUUGAAGAAAUUAGUAGGUACUGGAAGGAGAGAGUAACAAUGCCAGUCAUCAUUUCACUUUCUAAAGGUGUUGAGGCUGAAUUGGAGCCUGAACCGCGCAUAAUUACUCCUACUCAAAUUAUCAAUCGAGCAACUGGUGUUCCGAAUGAGAACAUUCUCUACCUUGGAGGACCCAAUAUUGCCUCCGAGAUUUACAACAAUGAAUAUGCUAAUGCUCGGAUAUGUGGAGCUGAAAAGUGGAGAAAACCCUUGGCUAAGUUUUUAAGGCAACCCCAUUUUAUAGUGUGGGACAAUGGUGACCUUGUUACUCAUGAAGUUAUGGGUGGCUUAAAGAACGUCUAUGCCAUUGGAGCUGGAAUGGUAGCAGCAUUAACCAACGAGAGCGCCACAAGCAAAUCAGUAUACUUUGCACAUUGUACGUCAGAGAUGAUUUUUAUCACUCAUCUGUUGGCUGAAGAACCAGAGAAGCUGGCAGGACCUUUGUUGGCUGACACGUAUGUAACCCUGUUGAAAGGUCGUAAUGCAUGGUAUGGACAAAAGCUGGCCAAAGGGGAAUUAAGCCUUGAAAUGGGUGAUAGCAUAAAGGGCAAGGGUAUGAUUCAGGGUGUCUCUGCUGUGAAAGCCUUUUUUGAGCUGCUAAGUCAGCCCUCUUUAAGUAUCCUACAUCCCGAUGAGAAGAAGCCGGUUGCCCCCGUUGAGCUUUGCCCUAUCUUAAAGAUGCUAUAUAGAAUUCUCAUAAUGAGGGAGUUCCCACCACAGGCUAUUCUUCAAGCGUUACGGGACGAGACCAUGAACGACCCUCGGGACCUUAUUGCAAUCGCACAAACCCAUGCUUUUUACAGGCCAUCUCUUCUUGGUCAGCAGCUUUGAUGUGAAUUCUCUCUCCUUUGCAUGUAAUUUUAUUAGUUCUCGAGCAGGUAGCAAGAAGCACUGGUGUUGUAGUUUUGUUUGGCAGUCUGCCGGGGGAAUAAUGUCACAGGAGAACACUUGGCUGACGGUAUGUUUGUUUUUGCAUCCAAAUUCAGUACCCCUCUCUGGCUCUCUGUUAGGGCUGUAAAUCGGUUCGAAACAGUUCGAGCUCGCAUGAGUUCGGCCCGUAAAAAAAAAUCCAACCUAGAUUGGCUUGAUUUUAUGACCAGCCAACCUUGAA